AUGUCUUCAAUAAAAUGUUUGAUUAUAUCAGUGAAGACAUUGAGACCAGAAGUGGAGGACUAUUGGCUGGAAGUGAGCGCUGAUGUGAACACUGUAUCCGAUCUGAAGUCCACUGUUUUGGACACAAAUGGCUUUAUAUUGAGUGCCGAAGACAUUGACCUCUAUUUGGAUGGAGUGGUACUCAGAGACGAGACACGAGUUAAUAGUAAUGUGUUUACCGAUAGAGAUAGCAUUGAAGUCAAAGGGAAAAGGGGUCGACAAGUGGUGGACACCUGUACUUCAAUGAGUGUUGAGAAACACUACAACUCUAUAUAUCCGGAUAAUAAUAUAAGUGAAUCAACUCACAAACACACUACAGAUGAAGAUAUCGAGGCAACAGAUGUUUUUGUGGAAAGCCAUGACUCGACCACAACCUCACAUACCUCUCAAUCUAGUGAUGAACGAGAAUAUAGGGAACCGAUGGCAUCGAAAACAAUAUAUAAUCUGCGAUCAAGACGUAUGAACACAAAGUCCACAAUCAAUUAUUGUGAAACUGAUGGCAGUAGUGAUGACAACCACACCGACAUCUCCGACACCGAGACUUACGACGACUGGCACUCGGGUCCACACAAACAGACCACAAAUCAUGACAAGAGAGUGUCGUCUAAUGAACUAAAUUGUAUCCAAAAAUCAGACCUAAUAUCAAAUGAAAUCACGGAUUUACUUAAAAAACAAUUUGUUUGUGAUUACGCCAAAUGCGGUAAAUCUUUUACACGAUACUCACACCUUUGUCGACACAAGCAUUCCGUACACUUUAAAGAAAAGCCAUUUGUCUGCAACUAUAAAAAUUGCGGCAAAAAUUUCACUAGAAAUGAGCUCUUAGUUGCACACAAAAAAUACACACAUUUGCAAAUAAGACCAUUUGUAUGUGGUUACAACAAUUGUGGUAAAAGGUUUCCCAAAAAUAUUAAAUUAACAUAUCAUAGGCGCACUCAUACGGGCGAAAAACCACAUGUUUGCGAUUAUAAAAAUUGUGGACAAACAUUUACGAGUAAUCAUGAACUUAAUAGACACACUAAAAUUAAACACUUGGGUCUAAUGCGAUAUUAUUGCACUUAUCAGGGUUGUAGCAAAUAUUUUAGCGCCAUACCUAAUUUAAAUCGUCAUAAACGUGCGGUUCAUUUGCGUGAAAAGCCAUAUGUAUGCAAUCACCCUGGUUGUGGGAAAUAUUUCUCUCGAGAAGAUAAUAUGUUUCAACACAAACGGAUCAUUCAUAUGGGAAUGAAAAGAUUUAUUUGUGAUUAUAAGGGAUGUCGUAAAAAAUUCAUGUUAAAUAAAAGUCUUGUGCGACAUAAACGAGUUGAACAUUUGGGUGAAAACCCCAUUUAA